UGGAGAGUCAAAGAAUCAACACAGACUUGCUCUAAGGCUUGUCGGCUCCAGUAAAAAUAUCUGGACGUUCAUUGUGGCCUAGUGAAAAUGGGGAACACAUUUACUUCACCUUGACUCCGAGGAGGAAAUCUGCUGUUCUGUGGACUCCAGAGAGGAGAAACUUCUGAUCUGAUGGAGAGAAAACUGAAUAAAUGAGCCCCGAAGCGGAAAGACUGAUGUGGUUAUCAUGCAAAUAAGAACUGUGAUUGGCUUUCUCUUUCUGCACAUGUUGUCACUGGUAGCUCUCAGCCUUAAAGAUUAGGUUUCAGUGGGAGAUUUUCAGGUUCAAGGACUGUUAAUGGUUUGUAACUGCCUGACAAUAAGCUCAACGUCCAAGUUACAUCAGCCCGGGCAGAUGUCUAAUGGGUUGGGAACGGAGGAAGAAGUUAGAAUCUGAGCAGAAGGAUGCAGCUUGCCACCUGCCUUCUGGACUGAGCUUUUAAUGUGAUUUAAAUUUCUAAGCCCUCUGUAGGCAUCCUGGAAAUGGUGGCCUUCAUUAAUGCAAAAAUCAAGUCUUUAAUUAAACUUUUUAAGAAGAAAACGGUUUCCAACCUAGAUGAGGAGAGUAGAUGGUCAGUCCACUACACUGCCCCAUGGCACCAGCAGGAGAACGUGUUCCUUCCCACUACAAGACCCCCCUGCGUAGAGGACCUGCACCGCCAAGCCAAGCUCAACCUCAAAUCAGUGCUAAGGGAAUGUGAUAAACUGCGGCGGGAUGGCUACCGGAGUUCUCAGUACUACUCCCAGGGACCCACCUUCACCGCCAACUCUAGUCCUCUCUGUGAUGAGUAUCAAGAUGAGGAUGAAGAAACAGAGCAAAAGUGUUCCAUCUCUUUGUCAGAAGAGGAAAGACUUAUUUCCAUCAGGAGAUCUAAAACGCCAACCUCAAGUGACUUCUCCGACCUUAAUACCCAAACGAACUGGACCAAGUCACUUCCCUUGCCAACACCAGAAGAGAAGAUGCGACAGCAAGCCCAAACAGUGCAGGCUGACGUGGUUCCUAUUAACAUAACCGGGGAGAAUUUCGAUCGCCAGGCCAGCCUUCGGCGGUCUCUAAUUUACACAGACACUCUGGUAAGACGACCGAAGAAAGUCAAAAGGAGAAAGACUAUAACAGGAGUCCCUGACAACAUACAGAAGGAGCUAGCAUCAGGCACGGGCCAAGAUGAUGUUGGUGGUCCCUUAGCAUACACCCCAGACCACUACUCGACACUAGGAAGGCUUGACAGCUGUCGGUCUGCUGGGCAGCGCUCAGAAACCAGGGACUCCAGCUGUCAGACCGAGGAAGUGAAAGUCGUACCACCUUCGAUGAGAAGAAUCAGGGCACAGAAGGGGCAAGGCAUCGCUGCCCAGAUGAGCCACUUCUCAGGCUCCUCUGGGAACAUGUCUGUGCUGAGCGACUCGGCGGGCGUUGUGUUCCCUUCUCGCCUCAGCAACGAUGCUGCUUUCCACAGUCUUCCACGUUCUGGAGCGAGGGCCAACAUGCAGUCCCUUGAGCCACGGCUGGGUGUGCUGGGCCCUGCCGGAGACCUGGAUGGCACGUUCCCCUACCAGAGGGGGAACUCACGAGUAAAUGAAACCUUAGGACAGUUAGGAGGUGCUUCAAGGACUGGGACACUUUUGAGGCCCAAGUCCCAGGAGCUGAGGCACUUUGAGAGUGAAAACGGUAUCAGCCCAGCAUGUGUGGUGUCUCCUCAUGCGACCUACUCCACCAGCAUCAUCCCGAAUGCCACCCUGUCCUCCUCCUCGGAGGUGAUUGUUAUUCACACCGCUCAGAGUUCAGGGCAGCUGGACAGUAAAAUUACCAGCUCCUCUUCAUACACGAAGAUAAAAUCCAGAGACCGCCUCCUCUCCAGGCACUCUGGUAAGGAUGACCGUCCGUCUCCCAGUGGUGACUGGAGUGAGGGUCCCUGCGCCAUUGCGUCACAGGCCUCAGUUCCCCAUUCCCCCAGUGCAACCACACUCUCGUCCCUCUGUGACUCUGCGGUCUCUCUCAAUACUCCAGCAAAUCGGGAGAAUGGAUCCCAAGCUGUGGCCUAUAACUGUAGAAACACCCUGAGCUUCCCAGCCCACCCCCAGGAUGUGGAUGGCAAGAGUGAGUCCAGUUAUUCAGGAGGCAGGGGCCAUGGCAGCGUGGAGCCCUGGGAAUACCAUGCCCCAGGUAGUGGGCGGGCAUCCCCUCUGAAGCCCCAUUUGGCAACUCCUGGCUACUCCACUCCUGCAAGUAACACAAGCAGUGGCAGUUUAGACCAAGCGUCCAACAAAGACGAUGCCAGGUCCCUGUAUUCAGAGGACCGUGAUGGUUGCUACACAUCUGUGCACACCGACUCUGCACAUGGAUCUGGGAAUCUGUGCAGUAGCAGCAAUGGCUUUGGGAACCCCAGGCACAGCGUGGUCAAUGUCUUUGACGGAAGAGCUCAGAAGAACCAAGGGGACCGGUCAAAUUACCAUGACAAAUCCCUUUCGAGAAACAUCUCUUUGAAGAAAGCGAAGAAGCCUCCCCUGCCACCCUCUAGGACAGACUCUCUGCGUAGGAUCCCCAAGAAGAACGCCCAGAUGAACGGGCAGGUGCUAAACGAGAGCCUGAUCGCCUCGCUCCAGCACUCACUGCAGCUGACCCUCCCCAGCAAGGGCAGCCUCUCGCCCUCCCAGAGCCCCUGCAGUGACUUGGAAGAGCCCUGGCUGCCUCGCUCCCGCAGCCAGAGCACAGUGAGUGCCGGCAGCAGCAUGACUUCCGCCACCACCCCCAACGUCUACUCCCUGUGCGGGGUCACCCCAUCGCAGAGUGACACAAGCAGUGUCAAGUCCGAGUACGCAGACCCCUGGGGUUACUACAUUGAUUACACGGGCCUGCAGGAAGACCCAGGGAACCCUGGCGGGGGCGGUUUAGCCAACAGUGGGGCGCCAACUGGAAAUGGGCCAGUCCGCCAUGCCCAAGACGGAGCUAGGGCCGCCAUGCCCCAAGUGCCUGGUGGCUCUGUCAAACCAAAGAUCACAUCCCCAGAGAAGUCACACAGAGUCACUUCUCCAUCCAGUGGGUAUUCCAGCCAAUCAAAUACACCCACAGCACUCACCCCCGUGCCUGUGUUUUUAAAAUCAAUGUCACCAGCAAAUGGGAAGGGGAAGAACAAGCCCAAGGUACCAGAAAGGAAGUCUUCUCUGAUUUCUUCCGUAUCUAUCUCCUCAUCAUCCACGUCCCUUUCUUCUAAUACAUCUACAGAAGGAAGUGGAACUGUGAAGAAGCUGGAUUCAGUGCCAGCCUCUCUUGCUGUUCUCCCUCUCCCUUCUCUUCCGUCUUCAUGUCCUGCUGACAGGUCUCCUUUUCUUCCUCCUCCCCCACCUUUGGCAGAUUCCCCCGACGGCUCUCCUCUGCCUCAGUCUCCCCUUUUCCCCCCUCCACCACCAGAAGCUCUUCCUCCCUUCCAUCCUUUCACCAACGCAUGCUUUCCUCCUCCCCCCACCGCACAGAGCCCCCUUCUUCUGGAUUCUUCUGCCUCCGUGCCACACCCUUCAUCAUCUUUACCCUCCUCGGUUCCCCCACCUGCCCCACCCCUUGACCCCAAGUUGAUGAAAGAUGCCAGGCCUUCUUUCAAAAUGUCUGGCCAGCUAGACUCCUCCCGGGAUGUCUUUAGACAACCUGCUGCCAAGGAGGAGGGGGCCAGACCUCCCAUGCCCCUGAUAACCACAGAAGCGUUGCAGAUGGUACAGUUGAGGCCGGUGAAGAAGAACUCAGGAACUGAGGGAGCACUGAUAUAUGAACAAGCAUCUCAGGAAAAACUAACUCCGAUUGUGCCCCAGUAUCAUUUGAAGCCAUCUGCUCUCCUGAAAUCCCGAAAUAGCAUAAAUGAAAUGGAGAGUGAAAGCCAGCCUGCCUCCGUGACAAGCUUGCUUCCGACUCCUGCCAAGACCAUGAGUCAGGGUCACCAGGACGGUGCAGCCGAGCAUGGACGCCCGAGCUCCAGCCCGGGAGGCACAGGGGAGGCGGAUGCCGGGCCCAGCCCCGGGUCCGUCCCACUCCAGGGAACCCCCGGCCCUUCGCCCAGCAGGAAGCCACCCCCUAUUUCCAAGAAGCCCAAAUUGUUCCUAGUGGUGCCACCUCCACAGACAGAUUUCAAAGUGGAGCCAACAGAGAACGUGAGCGAAGAGGCGCCCAACCCCACCAGGGGAGAGGCCAGAGAGAAUUGUGCAGCCAGGACUGGUUCUGAUGAGACCGACUCCGGCAGCUCGGUCCUUGAGGGAGGAGCUGCAGGAUUCUCAUCCCCAGGCAGAGUGGAAGCCAAUGUCCCCACGGUGCAGCCCGAUGCCUUGCCAGCCCCCAAGCAGGAGGAGCCAGGCACCGAGAACAGUGCAGCCAGUGGAGGCAAUGUGGAGAGCUGUCUGUCUCUGCAGGACCCAGGAUUUGGGGUGCCAGAGACCGACAUAGCCGGCUGUUCCUCAGAGGCCUUUGACUUCCUUAAGGAAGAAGGGAGUGAUGAGGUGAUGACCCCCAGUCGACCCCGGACCACGGAAGACCUCUUUGCAGCUAUUCACAGAUCCAAGAGGAAAGUCCUUGGCCGUAAAGAUUCAGAUGACGAUCAUACCCGAAACCAUUCUCCGUCCCCACCAGUGACACCCACUGGUGCUGCCCCCAGCCUGGCCUCCCCAAAGCAAGUGGGAUCCAUCCAGAGAAGUGUCCGUAAGAGCAGCACCAGCAGUGACAACUUCAAAGCUCUGCUGCUGAAAAAGGGGAGUCGAUCAGACACCAGUGCCCGCAUGUCCGCGGCCGAGAUGCUCAAGAACACAGACCCUAGAUUCCAGAGGUCAAGGUCGGAGCCCUCGCCAGACACUCCCGACAGCCCGUCCAGCUGCUCCCCGAGCAAGAGCAGAAGGGCCCAGGAGGAGUGGGCCAAGAACGAAGGCUUGAUGCCUCGGAGCCUGUCCUUUUCCGGCCCCAGGUAUGGCCGCAGCCGGACGCCGCCGUCUGCCGCCAGCAGCAGGUACAGCAUGAGGAACCGGAUCCAGAGCAGCCCCAUGACCGUCAUCUCGGAAGGCGAAGGGGAAGCCAUGGAGCCUGUGGACAACAGGGCUCGCCGGGCCCUGGGUGCUGCAAGGGGGUGUUCACUGGAGGGACUGGCAGGGGAGAAAUCAGAUGAGGGCCCCCUGGUGUGUGGCACGGAGCCCGCUGCCUUGCUGCAAGCUCAGGCCGCUGACCCCAGCGAUGGGACCUCCAGGGCUGAGGGCAGGGAGCCAUUGGAACAGUGCAGAGGCCCUCUGAGGGGUGAAAGUUAGGGACAAGAAAGGGAAUCCCCAAGGUGACGUGGGGGAGAUGCACGACACAUCACUUGGAAGCCUGAGGGUCCCUUUUCCUGCUGUGCCCAUGGAGCCCACUCAGGAUUUGUGCUGUGGGCCCAGGUACUGCCAGCCCUGCAGUGGAAGAGGGACUCACUUGGCACUCGCCCUGUGGCUUAAAAGCAAGUAGAAGCUUAACUUCUGAAAGUGCUUCCUGGGGAAGAUUUUUGUUUGUUUCUUUUUGCUAAAUUGCUAGGGGGGUGCGGACAGGUGUGUGUAUGUGUGUGUGCAUUUUGAACACUUUUUAUGUUAAAAAAAUACACACACACAACAUGUACAGAAAUAGGAGAAAAAAAAGUUAAGUUAGGUGGAGUAAUGGAGGCUUCUGGACUAGGUGGUAAUUGCUUUAAAAGUAUGUUGAUGGAAAUCAGUGAGUUCCAGAAGACACAGGACCAUUACUCUAAGAAGAGGUGGUCCAUUCGCUGGUUCUGAGUGCACAGAACACGUGGGUAUAUGCACAGGUGUGCUUGGGAGGUGAGCCAGGUCGUGGGUAACCCCAAAAGUUGGGAAAGGGCUAAGUGACUAAUUGGUUCAGGUACUUUUUUCUGGGGGAAAAAAGGCUUUUCUUUUCUUGUUUUUUUUUUUUUU